AUGGCGGAAGCUUCAGCUCAGCUGGAAAGUUUCCUGGAGAGGCUCAGCGAAUCCAACACUGAUCUCAGGUCAAAGUUGAUUGCGGCCACUGAGCUGAGGGACCAGAUCGACGUCUGGUGCUCAGGAAACACGUACAGCUACUUCUUACAGAAGUUCGUGCCCGUCCUGUUGAAGCUGCUCGAUGGCCCGCCAGUCUUCAUCAGCACAUCGCCGGAGCAGAAACUGCGCAAUUCUGUGCUCGAGAUCAUCCACCGCCUGCCCAUGAGCCCGCAGAAAGAGCUGGAGCCCUACGCGCCUCAGAUCGUGGACAAGCUCAUGAGCCUGAUCAAUAUCGAAAACGAAGACAACGAUAUCGUCAUAGUCAAGACCAUCAUGGAUUUUUUUAGGCAUCAGGCAUCGGUGGUCAAGGAUCGUGUUCAGCCCUUCCUCGAGCUCAUUCAAGAGAUGUUCCAGACCAUGGAGCAGACCGUCAAGGACACGUUCGACAAUCCCGCGUCGAGCGCAUCGGCCGUGCCUUCGACGCCAGCUAGCCACACGCAGUACUCGCAGUCUCCGAGACCAGGCUCUCCCGUGUCGACCGUGUCCAGCGAACUGACCACAGAUGCGCAGACAACACGUCAGCUGCAGAAAGGCAUGCAGUCCUUCAAAGUCUUGUCAGAGUGUCCUAUUAUUGUCGUAUCCAUCUUUCAAUCCAACCGCGACGUUGUCAGCAAGAACGUUCGAGCGUUCGUUCCGCUAAUCAAGAACGUGUUGCUGCUGCAAGCCAAGCCGCAAGAGAAGGCACGCGCAGAGGCAAAGGCACGGGGCGAUAUAUUCGUGGGAGUUAGCAAGGAAAUCAAAAAUAGGGCCGCGUUUGGCGACUUUAUCCUCAUGCAGGUCAAGACCAUGAGCUUUCUGGCAUAUCUGCUCCGAGUCUACGCACAGCAGCUUUCCGACUUUCUGCCCUCGUUGCCGGAUAUUGUCAUUCGAAUGUUGCAGGAUUGCCCGCGGGAGAAGUCUGGAGCAAGAAAGGAGCUGCUGGUCGCCAUUCGGCACAUCAUCAAUUUCAACUUCCGCAAGAUCUUUCUCAAGAAGAUUGAUGAGCUGCUGGACGAACGGACUCUGAUCGGCGACGGCUUAACCGUGUACGAGACGAUGCGACCGCUGGCAUACAGCAUGCUUGCCGAUUUAAUACAUCAUCUUCGUGACUCGCUGAGCAAAGAGCAGAUAAGAAAGACGAUAGAGGUCUACACCAAGAAUUUACACGAUGAUUUCCCUGGGACGAGCUUCCAGACAAUGAGCGCGAAAUUGCUAAUGAACAUGGCCGAGUGCAUUGCCAAGUUGGAACCGAAGGAAGACGCAAGGCAUUUCCUCAUGAUGCUAUUGAAUGCUAUAGGUGACAAAUUUGCCGCCAUGAACUUUCAAUUUGAGAAUACAGUCAAGGUUUCAGAGCAUUGGCAUGCCCCUAGCAUCGAGCAGACACCAGAAAACUACAUGCUAGACCCAAGUUCGCCCCCGGACUGGGACGAGAUCGACAUUUUCAGCGCAGCACCAAUCCGGACGAAUAACCCUCGAGACAGGAGCUCAAACCCGGUAGAGGACAACAAAUUUUUGUUUCGCAAUCUGAUUCAGGGCCUCAAGAACAUCUUCUACAUGUUACGGUCAACGAAUCCUCCGAACCCUGUAGAGGACACGAAUCCAGAACAGUCCAUCUAUCCCGCAAAUUGGAAAGACAUGUCUCAUGGAUAUAGUGCUGAGGAGAUUCAGGUGUUUAUCAAGCUCUUCCGAGAAGGAUGUCAUGCAUUCAGGUAUCACGGUGUCGGUAAGCCGCAGCAGGACAGCCAGAAUCUCACCACAGCCGAGCUUUUAGCUACGCAACACAUGAUGGCCGGCGGCAAGGAGGAAAAAGACCUGCUCGAGGCUUUUGCAACAGUAUUCCACAACAUUGAUCCGGCUGCAUUUCACGAGAUAUUUACAAGUGAAAUACCUCACCUGUACGAGAUGUGCUUCGAGCAUAGCCCUCUUCUUCACAUCGCGCAGUUUCUCCUUGCAAGCGAAACGACGAGUCCUGCGUUCUGUGGUAUGCUCCUGCAGUUCUUGAUGACCAAGAUCGACGAAGUCGGUACCGCAGAUGUCAAGAAAGCUUCAAUCCUCCUGCGUUUGUUCAAGCUUUCGUUCAUGGCCGUGACGCUUUUCGCGGCCACCAACGAAAGCGUUCUACUACCCCACGUGACCAAGAUUGCGACCAAAGCCAUCCAGCUCAGCACAACUGCAGAAGAACCGAUGAAUUACUUCUUGUUGCUUCGAAGUCUUUUCAGAAGCAUCGGUGGCGGGCGUUUCGAACAUCUUUACAAAGACUUGCUGCCGCUCCUGGAGAUGUUGUUGGAAGUUCUGAAUAAUCUCUUAGAGUCUGCUCGAAAGCCGGCUGAGCGGGAUCUUUUUGUGGAACUAAUACUUACAGUGCCAGCAAGACUGAGUAAUCUGUUGCCACACCUGAGCUACCUCAUGCGACCCCUUGUCGUAGCUCUGAGCGCUGGCCCUGAGCUUGUUGGCCAGGGCUUGCGGACGCUGGAGUUGUGCGUGGACAAUUUGACAGCCGAUUACAUCGACCCCAUAAUGGCCCCCGUCAUCGAUCAGUUGAUGGCAGGUCUAUGGAAUCAUCUUCGUCCUGCUCCCUAUAGUCAUUUCCACGCACAUAGCACGGUGCGUAUUUUGGGCAAACUGGGUGGACGCAAUCGAAAGUUUUUGAAUGGCCUACCGCCAUUGGAGUACAAGCCCUAUUCGGAUGACUCACCGAGUUUUGACAUACGGCUAAUAGGCACAAGCAAGGACCGCGCGUUCCCUGUGGACACUGGUAUAAAUGUUGCGAUCACAAAGUUACAGGAGACGCCGAAGAAGCAGACGGACAAGAACUCUGACGGUUUUCACAAGCGAAAGGCAUUCGAUUUUGUGCAUGCUCAGAUCAAGCUUCGCAUUGGUCUAGAACAGCUCCCUGACGACUUUGCGCGUCUCGUUCGGCUUCAGGCAAACGAUUGGAUCGAAAACAAAUUCGACCAGGGUGAAGAUUUGCUCUCAUUCUCGGAGCGAAGUAAAUCAGCCACGAAACGGGAUGUGCAGCAAGAAACGUUGAAGAAGCUACUCAAAGCGGUCAUGUUCUCUCAUUGCAUACCCUCACUCGUGGACGACGCAAGCGCUCUGAUGCAAAAUCUCUGCAAACAUUUUGCAUUGCUUGAUGUAGCGAAGAAUCUAGCCCAGGUGAAGCAUGACCGAAAGCCGUUUGACGUCAAAUCAGGCGAAGGCCCUUUGUUUGUGGAGCCUAGAGUGCUAGCGGAGGCGAUUGCAGAAUGUCUGUCCAGCGACGAUGCCCCGGAGCGGGAGGCGGCUGAGAAGGCUCUUUUGACAGUGAGAGACACCUUAGUAACGAUCUUUGGGGCCAAGGAGCGCAUUGAUCGCGCUCCUUUCUUCAGCGCAAUGAGCAGGAUAUUCAGCCACAAGUGCCACCAGGAGGAGUGGUAUGUCAAGGCUGGUGGUACCACGGGCAUCAAAAUCCUGUGCACAAAAGUCGGCCUCAGCGACGCUUGGAUGCUCAGCCGUCAUUUGGAACUUGCGAGAGCGCUCAUGUAUGUGCUCAAGGACAUGCCGACGGACAUCGCUGCCAAAAUUAGGGUCGAAGCUGAAGACAUCCUCCUCCAAUUGGUGAGACGUUGUGCGAAAAUGAUGCCAAAAGACGAGCUGGAGAAGCCGAACUCUCGACUCAUGGCCUUGUGCAAAUUUACUGUGCACGAGCUCGCACAUUCGAGUCCUCACGUGCGUGCCGCAGCACAGAAGAUAUUCGCAAUAAUUGCAGAGAGUAUCGGCGUGGAAGUACACGAGGUUCUUGCUCCGGUAAAAGACAUGCUCCUCCAGCCGAUCUUGAUCAAGCCGCUUCGUGCGUUACCGUUCGGUAUACAGAUCGGCUACAUCGACGCGAUCAACUUCUGCCUGCAGAUGCCCAAGACUAUGGUUACCUUCGAUGAACCUCUGACAAGAUUGCUUAUGGAAUGUCUUGCUCUCGCCGACGCGGAUGAUGAUACACUUACUACCAAGCCGUUAGAGCACCGCAACGCAGAGAAUAUUGUCCAGCUUAGGGUCGGCUGCAUCAAAUUGCUGUCUACGGCACAACCCAGCCCCGAAUUCAAUGCUGCAAGUCCAAGUCAAAGCCGCCAACGCAUCAUCGCGGUUUUUUUCAAGCUGCUUUAUUCUCGGUCGCCAGCUGUGGUCGAGGCAGCGAAUGCGGGACUCAAGGGUGUGUUGGCGAACCAAGCGAAACUCCCCAAGGACCUCCUACAAUCCGGACUGAGACCAAUCCUCAUGAAUCUGCAAGAGCCUCGCAAACUGACCGUCGAGGGGCUUGAAGGACUUGCGAGGCUGCUGAAGCUGUUGACCAAUUAUUUCAAGGUUGAGAUCGGCUCGCGUCUGCUCGAGCACUCGAAGACUAUUGCGGAUGCAGCCCUCGUGCAUAAAGUGAGCUUCGGGCUCGUGGAACAAAACAAAGCUAUGCGGGUGAUCAGGGCGAUUCUGGAUAUAUUCCACUUGCUCCCGCCGGCAGCAGUCAACUUUCUUGCUCAGCUUGUCGAGAAGGUCGUAGAGCUUGAACAGCAGCUGCGACGCACGCAGUCAAGUCCGUUUAGAGAACCCCUAAUUCGGUACUUGAAUCUGUUCUCGAAAGAGGCAUGGCAGUAUUUUGCUCCGAAGAUGAAGGAUUUGACAUACGGACGCUUUUUCGCACAAUUGUUGUGCGAAGAAGAUGCACGACCAAUGCGCGACGCCGUCGUAGCUGACUUGGAGGGUUUUGUGAAGAGUUUCGAACUGGAAUCUGGCGAAGAGAAGGAGAAGACUCAAGCGAAGAUUGACGCUGUCCAUGUCGCUUGGGCUCUUUGCAAGGAUCCAAAUACCAAGUCUUUUAUCGUCACCAGUGAGAGUACACGGAAAGCGCUUGUCGAGGCAGCCAAAGACGUGGAAAAACAGCUCCGCGACAAUACCAUCAACGGAAGUUUGCGGCUUGCUGCAGAACAAACAGGCGAUCAGGCCAUGGAUAUACUGGUCUGUUUUAUGGAGCAGGAACCACAAAACGUCGAUUUCUUCUUUGAUGUCGUCGAAUGCGUAACCAGCGGCGCACUCAAAAACACGCCUGCGAUGCUCCAUUUCAUUUAUACGCACAUGAUAUCCGUGGAAGACAACGGGUUCAAAAAGAGCUUGAUCGUCAAGUGCAUCGAAUUCUACGCGUCAAAGAACUCGUCUCAAGGAGCGAAGACAUUCUUGUUCCAUAAUGUGGUUAACCCCAUCCUAGCCAUGGACACGAUGCGCAACUGGAACGUAAUCUCUGCACCAGAUGCUAAAGGAACCGACUUAGUCGAUCGGGGUCUUGUGGAAUUGCUUCAACGUACCCUGUGGCAGCCGCAGGCAUUCAUUGAUCCGCUCGAAGACACUGGCCAGGCUGGCAUUGACCAUGCACGAAUGGAGUUCCUACAGCUCACUGCCACCUUGCUCAAGUACCAUAAAGAGUUGCUGCAGGAUGCGCGAAAAGUAAUCAUCAAGUUCUGUUGGAACUGGAUUAAGCUUGAGGACAUCGUCAAUCGCAAUGCUGCUUACGUCGUCAUAUCGUACUUUAUUGCACUGUACGACACGCCAAGUAAAAUCGUUGUGAGCGUGUAUCAGACGCUACUCAAGGCCCAUCAGAAUGAAGGCAAACCGCUCAUCACCCAAGCCUUGGAGCUACUUGCACCAGUGCUCCGACAAAGAAUUGGGAACAACGACAAGCAGCGAUUCCCAUUUUGGGCGCGUCUACCUAAGAAAAUUUUGGCCGAGGACGCGGGCAAUUUGCAACAAUCCAUAGCGAUUUUCAACUUCUUCAUCCGCCAUGAGGAGCUUUUCUACGAGGCGAGGGAGAUGCUGACACCUAUGAUCAUUCCUCAGCUGCAGAAGAUUGCGCAGCCUCCAGUGACAAGCAACGAAUACAAGAAAAUCGCCAUCAACCUCAUGGAUAUGAUAUGGAAGUGGGAGUCCCGAUCACACAGGGAGUUUUUGGCAUCGCCGUCUGCGUCCCCUCAAAGCCAGAAACGCAAAGCUGAUGGGACAGUUGUUCCAGCCUCACCCUCAAAGACGAGGACAUUCGCUGCUACGCCGGGGCACAGAUCGAUGAUGAUCAAAUACCUUGUCUCAUUCAUCGCAUACCUGCCAGAUCCGUAUCCAUGCUUGUCCGAGAGAACGAAAGAAGCCCUUAAGAACAAGAAUCAUGGUUCGCAGUCGCCAGAAACAUGCCGCAAGGCAGUUCAGCUUCUUCGGGACCUACUUCAACCGCAGUUUUGGGCUGAUCUAGAUAUUGAUCCAUUAUUCUCGAAGAUCCUUGAGCCUAUCUUGACCGGUGAACAGGGCGAUACGAAGCCGGAAAUGUGGAUAACGCGGAUCAUAAAUACCCUUGAGAUUCUGAGAGUGUUUAUCAAUGUGAAACCUGACUCGUGGGUUUUAGAGCGACUGCCUGUAAUACAGAAGCUGCUUGAGAAGCCUCUGCGAAUGGAUGAUGUCCAGAUACAGGAUUGUUUGCAUGCGCAAGAAGCGGAACAGCAUGAUCUCAUUAUGGUACCGUUGUUCAGACGUAUCUUGGACGUGAUGCCUGCGCCUGUGAGCAGCAGCGUUGCUGGAGAGGACGAAGCCAUGGAGGAUUCCUCUGUUUCAGAAUUCUUUGCUCUGACGAAGCAAAUUCUGGAGAAGGCGUUCAGCGACAACCAACUCAACUGUGCGGUGAAUCUGCUUUGGUCCAUCUGCCAGCGUCGGCCGGGAGAAGUCGAUUCGCAUAUCGGUUCGUUAAUGAAGGCAUUCAAUCUUAGGUUGGUCAAGGAUCUCGUGCCAAACCCGCCCGGUCAGCAACCCACAACGCCUUAUCCGGGACAGCACGGACAGCAAGCUUCGAGUCAGCAGCUUGAUCCAGUCGAAUUGGCGAUUUCAACCGGUUUGGUAUUAAAAACGAUUGAUAUACUUGCAGCUCGCAUUGAAGUACUAGGAGAGCAGCGGCGACCUUUCCUUAGUGCUUUGGCGACGCUUGUGGAAAGAAGUCAGAACAAGGACGUGUGCAUGAAAGUCCUCGAUCUCACGGAGCAGUGGAUAUUCCACAGCGAUGGCGUUCCGACGCUGAAGGAGAAGGUCGCUGUGCUAUCGAAAAUGUUCGUUUUUGAGAACAGAUCCGACACAAAACUUCUGGCACGAUUCUUUGAGUUGGUUAUUCGAGUAUAUGAAGACCCCAAAGUGACGCGCACAGAGCUCACAGUGCGUCUGGAAAAUGCGUUCCUUAUUGGAACGAGGGCGUUGGACGUGGACAUGCGAAAUCGCUUUUUGACGAUCUUUGACAAGCACAUUAGCAGAAGCCCGAAUUCGAGGUUGGACUACCUGCUCUGCGCGCAAGAUUGGGCGUGGCUGGCGGACAGUUUUUGGAUCGCCCAGAUCAACCAUCUGCUCGUUGGUUCCAUCGAGAUGGAGAAGCCAAUCACCUUGCACAAGGAGGACUUCAAGACGGCGCCGCUCACCGUCCUUUAUGGUACCUACGCGAAAGACAGCAGACUCGGCGACGUAAUGGUGGAUGACAAAUUGGAAAACCUUCUCAGCGAGCACAAACGCUUCUCUGCAGAGCUUGCUGACGUGCGCAGCAAAGACGUCAUCGAGCCCCUAACUCAACUUCAACAUACGGACAAAGAGCUUGCGAAGCAGAUCUGGGUCAGCCUUUUCCCAAUCUUCUGGGCUGCGCUUCCAAAGGAGGACAAGCCCGAAUUUGAGCAGCAUCUUACCUCACUGCUCAGCAAGGACUUUCACAACCGUCAGAUCGACUCCAGACCGAAUUGUGUCCAAGCAUUGCUGGAGGGCAUUGUCCGUGUUGGUGCAGGUGGCUCGGGGCCGAAAAUCAAGAUCCCGCCGCAUGUGGUAAAGUGGCUGGCUAAGACGUACAACUGUUGGUAUGUUGCUGCGCACUAUCUCGAAGAGUCCGCAAACAAUCCUUUGGUCGAUACACCACUUGUCCGAGAAUCGACACUAGAUGCACUUGUCGAGCUCUAUGCCGCUCUGGAAGAGACGGAUCUGUUCUACGGCACCUGGAGAAGAAGAUGUCAGUUUGUUGAGACCAAUGCCGCGUUGAGCUACGAGCAGAUUGGGGUCUGGGAUCAGGCACAGCGACUCUACGAACAAGCACAGAUAAAGGCUCGUGUUGGAUCUCUUCCAUUUAGUCAAGGCGAAUACAUGCUUUGGGAAGACCAUUGGGUUAUCUGCGCCCAGAAAUUGCAACAGUGGGAUAUUCUCGCCGACUUUGCGAAACACGAAAACUUCAACGACCUCUAUCUCGAAGCAACGUGGCGCGACUACGAAAGCUGGCAGAAUCCUAGCAACACGGACAAGAGAGAACAGCUCGAGUCCGUCAUCAAGGGGGUUGCUGAUGCCCCAACGCCAAGGCGCUUGUUUUUCCAGGCUUUCAUGUCCUUGCUCAAGGUCCAUGCGAAGGCAGAGACUCCGGCAGACUUCCAGCGAGUGUGCGACGAAGCCAUCCAAACAAGCAUUCGAAAGUGGCACCAGCUACCGAAGAAUAUCACAAAUGCUCACAUACCACUUUUGCAGAGCUUCCAACACCUGGUCGAGCUGUACGAUGCGCUAACCAUCUCAAACAGUCUCCAGCAAACGAACGCAGGCAACCUGGACCAGAAGUCUCAAGAUCUCAAGAUCCAUCUCAGCACGUGGAGAGAUCGUCUGCCAAACUUCUGGGACGACAUCAAUGCUUGGCAGGAUCUCGUCACUUGGCGACAGCACAUCUUCUAUAUGAUCAAUAACGUCUAUCUCGGCCUCAUCCCGCCAACGCCAGCUAAUGCCACGAACAAUUCAUAUGCCUACCGAGGUUAUCAUGAAACCGCUUGGAUCAUCAAUCGCUUUGCACACGUGGCCCGUCAACACAACUUACCCGAUGUUUGCAUAUCUCAACUUGGCAAAAUCUACACGUUGCCCAAUAUUGAAAUCCAGGAAGCGUUUCUCAAGCUUCGCGAGCAGGCGAAAUGUCACUACGCGAACAAAAACGAACUCAACAACGGUCUUGACGUCAUUAACAAUACCAAUCUCCACUACUUUGGCCAGCAACAAAAGGCUGAGUUCUACACGUUGAAGGGCAUGUUCUUGAACAAGCUCGGCAACAAGCAGGAAGCCAAUGAGGCGUUUGGCUCUGCUUUGUACUUCGACAUCAAGCUCGCAAAGGCUUGGGCAGAAUGGGGUCACUACAAUGAUCAGCUCUUCAAAGAAGACCCUAAGAAUCUCGAGAAAGCAAGCAGUGCAAUCAGCUGCUAUCUUGAGGCGGCGAGCCUGUACAAGAAUCACAAGAGUAGAAAAUUACUCGGCAGAAUCCUUUGGCUGCUCAGUCUGGACAACAGUGAUCGUGUGUUGGCGAAGGCCUUCGAAGAGUUCAAGGGUGACACUCCCGUGUGGUACUGGAUCACGUACAUUCCACAGUUACUGGCAGAUCUGAGCAGGCCAGAGGCGCCUAUCGCGAGGCAAAUACUGGGCAAGCUCGCUAAAGCGUACCCGCAGGCGCUGUUCUUCCAGCUGAGGACUAGUCGCGAAGACAUGCACACGAUUAGGAAGCAGCAGGAAGCCAAAGAGGCGAGAGAGAAACAAUUGAAAGAGCAGCAGACGAAGAAGAAGGAAGCAGAAGAAGGCAAAAAGGAAGACGGCACACCGAAACAAGGAUCGCCUGCUUCACGGCCCGGCACCGCCGACGGGCAGCCAAAUGGUACGGCAACGACGAAUGGAGAAACAAAGACAGAGCCGCAGCCGAAUGGAGCACCGAAGGCCGAAGGUUCCGCAGAGCAGGCCAACGAAGCUAAUAGGGCACCAGAGCCUGAGAAGCCGAAGAAACCCUGGGAGUACAUGGACGAGGUCCUAGCCGCGCUUAAAACCGCAUUCCCACUCCUCGCUCUCAGCAUGGAAUUCAUGGUUGACCAGAUCAACAAACACUUCAAGUGUCACCCGGAUGAAGACGCGCACCGGCUGAUCGUCGCGCUUCUCAACGACGGCUUGUCUUACGUCGGUCGACAGCCGAACACGUAUGCGCAAGAUAUAAAGUUGCCACAGUCAACCGAAGCCAACAUAACCAGGUUUGCGGAGUCAGUCUGUCCUCCGCAUAUCAGAAAGUCUUUUGAGGCCGACUUUGUCAAGAACAAGCCAACUAUGUACGAAUAUAUUCAACGUCUCAAAAAAUGGCGGAAUCGGUUUGAGGAGCGUCUUGAUCGGCGAACAUCGCCGGUUGCAUUGGAAUCAUUCAGUCCGCACCUGAGCGAGUUCCGAUUCCAAAAGUUCGAUGACGUCGAAGUUCCCGGUCAGUACCUACAGCACAAGGACAAGAAUCAAGAUUUCGUCCGUAUAGAGCGGUUCAUCACCGAUGUAGACCUAGUGCGUGGUACACAGGUGUGCUACAGAAGGCUGAAGAUUCGUGGGCAUGACGGUUCGCUGCAUCCUUUCCAGGUUCAACAUCCCGCUGGUCGCUACUGCAGACGAGAAGAGAGAAUAUUGCAGCUGUUUAGAAUUUUCAACGAGGUCUUGUUAAAGCGAAAGGAGUCAAGGAGGCGCAAUCUCCAAUUCAACCUUCCUGCCAUGGUACCCUUAAGUCCAAAUGUGAGGAUGAUCGAGGACGAUGUGAGCUACAUCAAUCUUCAGGGAGUCUAUGAAGAUUAUUGUCGGAAGAACGGUGUUGACAAAGAUGAGCCCGUUCUCUACACCAUCGAGAAGUUGAGGCAGCUUUCACCGAAAUCACUCGAGCAAGCAAACGCUAUUCGCUUCGAAACCUUCAUCGCAGUGCAGGAAAAGUAUGCUCCCAACACGGUGGCUCUCGAUUACUUUAGUCAGACUUAUCCGUCGUACUCGGAUUUCUGGCUCUUCCGUCGCGCAUUUUCGUACCAAUUUGCGGCCUUGACCUUCAUGACUUACAUGAUGUGUAUGUCGCAGCGUUAUCCUCACAAGCUCUCAAUUUCCCGUGGAAGUGGCAAGGUCUGGGGCUCGGAACUUGUACCCUCUAUGGCCGCCCAGCGGCCAAUUUUCAACAACCCCGAAGUCGUUCCAUUCCGCUUCACGCCAAACCUUCAAGCCCUCAUGGGCCCAAUCACAACAGAAGGCAUAUUCGCCCCUGCUCUCAUGACUUUAGCAAGGUGCCUUACCGAGCGAGAAGGUGAGCUUGAGAUGCAGCUCAGUGUGUUUGUUAGAGACGAGGUAACAUUCUGGUUCACGCAAAGCCACAAAGGUGCCGCGGCCGCGGACAGUGUGCUUAGAGAAGCUGUCAUGCACAACUCGGAUCUUCUAUGCAAGAAAGUCAGAAGUCUGGCUGACGCACCCAAGGCCACGAAUUUGCCUUGCAAUCAGACCGUUGUAGAUCGCGUGGGGGAUGCGGUCGAUCCGCGUAAACUGUGCCAAACCGAACCUCUGUGGAUGAGUUGGCUAUAAAAGGGUUUUUUUUUCUUCUCCGUGUAAUUUGUUGUAAAGUUUCUAUAUUCCCAAAAGCAUUUAGCAAGGCGUCGUGUGUAGGAUGAAUUUGAUGGUGGAUUAAACAUUACCAGUGCUCGUAGCGUUUAUGUCUGAACUUGAACGUUUGUAAGAGUGGAAAAAUCAGCACGAC